AUGUAGCCACAGAAUUGGAAUAAGGCAGUCAUCCAAAACCUUUAAGAUAUGAUCAUUAAUUAAGCUGACAUGAGUAUAUUCUUGAGACAAAGUCAAAAACUUAGAGUAUUGCUUACAAUUCCACCAAAAGAAAGAACGGAUGAUCAUAUAAAAGAAAUAAGUGUUUUAGUGCAGGUUUGUAAAAAAAACCAAAUUUAAUUUCCACUUAGGGAGUCAAAUUUUUAUCCCGAUAUCGUGACAAGCCUUAUUACAAUGAAUUGUGUCGUAAUUUGUAUGUAAAGACUUUCCAAUAAAGAAAAACAAUAUUCAAGUAAGGAGAUAAAGGAACAUGUUUCUAUGUUAUUUUGAGUGGGAUUGUUAAAAUAUAUGCUAAUGAACCCACUUGUUUUCCAGGAUAAUUCAAAAAGAGAGAAGUAGCUGUAUUAGGUAAGGGUAAUUGUUUUGGAGAAAUUGCAUUAUUUUUUGGUUCUUAAAGAACUGCAACAGUAAUAGCAGAAUCAGAAUGUGAUUUAUUAAUGUUAGAUAGAGAUGUGUUUUAAUAAUAUAUAUAAGGGGAUUCAGAAACUUUGGAUUUAUAAUCAACUAAUUUGAAGGAUGUUAGACAUUUCCUUAAGAAAGUUUAAUAAUUCUCAUAUUUUACUUCUGAAGAAAUUACUUAAAUAAGUACAAAAUGUCGUAAAUAAAGUCUUAAAUAAUAAACAAUAAUUUUAAAAUAAGGUGUUGUACCUAAAUCAAUAUUCAUAAUUAAAAGUGGAAGAGUACGUGUAAUAAAGAAGAUUGAUGUUGGGAAUUAUGAAUUAGAUGAAUUAGAAUAAGGUUCUAUUUUUGGAGAUCAUGCUUGUCUUACAAAUAGUAUAUCUGAUUAUACAUAUAUUACUUCAAUGCCAAGUGAAAUAAUUUAACUUAAUGGUUUUGACUUAAAAUAAUAUGUCUCAUAAGAGAAUUUAAAUAAAUAUAUUGAAUCUAUUAGAUUCUAUCCAGAACCAGAAACUAUAUGUUAAAUGUAAGUAGAAGAUUAAUAAUGGAAAGAAUACAAAAAAUAAUUAGUUUAAAAUGUAGUAAAUGAUAAGUUAAAUAGCAGAGGAUUUGAUAAAAGAAUGAGAUUACCUGAAUUACGUUAUAAAUUAAUUGAUGCUCCAGAUCAGUAAAUAUUUUAGAGAACAUUGUAAAUAUAUAUUGUAAUUUAUGUAUUUAGUGUAUUGAGGUAGAGUUGUAGAACUCCUUAACAUAAGCAAUUGUUUCCAAGAGAAAUUGAAUCUUUACGUAAUUAGAUUUCUCCAAAGAGGAUGAAAUAAUUUGAAUAAAAUUACUUAUGA